GGGCAGCGCCGCCAUGGUGAAGAGGAAAAGCUCCGAGGGCCCGGAGCAGGAGGGCGGCCGCGGCGUCCCUCUGCCCAUCCAGACCUUCCUGUGGCGGCAAACCAGUGCAUUUUUGAGGCCCAAACUUGGAAAACAGUAUGAAGCUUCCUGUGUGUCUUUUGAACGAGUUUUAGUAGAGAACAAGCUGCAUGGUCUUUCUCCAGCCCUCUCUGAAGCCAUCCAGAGCAUUUCUCGUUGGGAACUGGUUCAAGCUGCCCUACCACAUGUACUCCAUUGCACAGCGACCUUGCUUUCUAACCGAAACAAGCUAGGACAUCAGGACAAGCUUGGAGUAGCGGAGACUAAGCUUCUUCACACCCUCCAUUGGAUGCUACUGGAGGCUCCUCAAGACUGCAGCAAUGACCGAUUUGGAGGAGAGAGAGGCUCCAGCUGGGGAGGGAGCAGUAGCGCCUUUAUUCAUCAGGUUGAAAACCAGGGAUCUCCAGGACACCCUCGGCGUGGCAGCACUAAUGAAGAGGAAGAGAAUAACCGAAGGAAGUUCUUUCAGAAUUCCAUGGCAACGGUGGAGCUCUUUGUGUUCCUGUUUGCUCCUCUGGUCCACAGGAUUAAAGAAUCUGACCUGACUUUUCGGCUGGCCAGUGGCCUUGUUAUUUGGCAACCCAUGUGGGAGCACAGGCAGCCUGAGGUUUCUGCCUUCACUGCUCUGGUAAAGCCAAUCAGGAACAUUAUUACAGCCAAGAGAAGUUCUCCUACUAGCAACCAGAGCCUGUCUUGUGAAUCCCCUAAUCUGGACACUGGACACACAGAGGGACUUCAGGUGGUGUGUGAAACAGCCCAGCCAGAUGCUGUGCCUCCAAGGGCCACUGUUUCAGGCUGUCAUCGGGGAAACUCCUUUGAUGGAAGUGUGUCAUCCCAAACAUCCCAAGACAGAGGACCUCCUCUUUCCAGGGUAUCAUUGGUGAUCCCGCCAUGCCAAAAGUCUCGCUAUGCCACCUAUUUUGAUGUGGCAGUACUGCGCUGCCUGCUGCAGGCACACUGGUCUGAGGAGGGUACACAGUGGUCUCUGAUGUAUUAUCUACAAAGACUGAGACAUAUGCUGGAGGAGAAGCCAGAGAAGCCACCUGAGCCCGAGACCAUGCACCUGCCCAGGCCCCGUAGCAGUUCCAUGGUAGCAGCAGCACCCUCUCUGGUGAACACCCACAAAACUCAGGAUCUCACAAUGAAGUGCAAUGAGGAGGAAAAAUCACUAAGCACUGAGGCCUUUGCUAAGGUGUCACUCACCAACCUGCGCAGGCUAGCCGUGCCAGAUCUCUCCACAGACCUGGGAAUGAACAUCUUUAAGAAGUUUAAGAGUCGCAAAGAGGAUCGAGAGCGUGAGCGCAAGGGUUCUAUUCCUUUCCACCACACUGGAAAAAAACGGCAGCGAAGGAUGGGGGUGCCCUUCCUGCUCCACGAGGAUCAUUUGGAUGUGUCACCCACUCGCAGCACAUUCUCCUUUGGCAGCUUUUCUGGGAUUGGAGAGGACCGGCGCAGCAUUGAGAGAGGAGGAUGGCAAACUGCCAUAUUAGGGAAGUUCACCAGGCGGGGGAGCUCUGACACUGCUACGGAGAUGGAGAGCCUGAGUGCUAGACAUUCUCACUCUCAUCAUACCCUGGUCACUGACUUGCCUGACCACUCAAACAGCCACGGAGAGAAUACGGUCAAAGAAGUGCGAUCCCAGAUUUCUACCAUCACUGUGGCCACCUUCAACACCACCCUGGCCUCAUUCAACGUGGGCUAUGCAGACUUCUUCAGCGAGCACAUGCGGAAGCUGUGCAACCAAGUGCCCAUUCCAGAGAUGCCCCAUGAGCCGCUGGCCUGCGCCAAUCUCCCACGGAGUUUGACUGACUCCUGCAUCAAUUACAGCUGCCUGGAGGACACGGAUCACAUUGACGGCACCAACAACUUUGUCCACAAGAACGGCAUGCUGGAUCUUUCGGUGGUUCUGAAGGCCGUUUACUUGGUCCUGAACCACGACAUCAGCUCCCGGAUCUGUGAUGUGGCGUUGAACAUCGUUGAGUGCCUGCUGCAGCUUGGCGUGGUGCCGUGCGUGGAGAAAGUCAGAAGGAAGAGUGAGAACAAGGAAAAUGAGUCAGCGGAAAAGAGACCGAGUGAGGGAUCCUUCCAGCUCAAGGGGGCUGCUUCGGGCGGCCCAGCCUGUGGAUUCGGGGCCGCCCCAGUCAGUGGAACUGGAGAUGGGGGAGGCGAAGAAGGUGGAGGGGGAGGAAGUGGUGGAGGAGGAGGUGGCGGAGCUGAUGGAGGUGGCGGAGGAGGAGGUGGAGGACCUUAUGAAAAGAAUGAUAAAAAUCAAGAAAAGGAUGAAAGCACUCCCAUAAGCACCCACAGGCUGGCAUUGACGAUGCUGAUCAAAAUAGUGAAAUCCCUGGGCUGUGCUUAUGGCUGCGGAGAAGGACACCGAGGGCUCUCUGGAGAUCGUCUGAGACACCAGGUAUUCCAGGAGAAUGCUCAGAAUUGCCUUACAAAGCUGUACAAGCUGGAUAAAAUGCAGUUCCGGCAGACCAUGAGGGACUAUGUGAACAGAGAUUCCCUCAAUAAUGUAGUGGAUUUCCUUCACGCUUUGCUAGGAUUCUGCAUGGAGCCAGUCACUGACAACAAGGCUGGAUUUGGAAAUAACUUCACCACAGUGGACAACAAGUCUACGGCCCAAAGUGUGGAAGGUAUUAUUGUCAGCGCCAUGUUCAAGUCACUGAUCACUCGCUGCGCUUCCACUACGCAUGAACUGCAUAGCCCUGAAAACCUGGGAUUGUACUGUGAUAUCCGGCAAUUGGUCCAAUUUAUCAAGGAGGCUCAUGGGAAUGUUUUUAGAAGGGUGGCACUGAGCGCCCUUUUGGACAGUGCUGAAAAGUUAAUUCCAGGGAAGAAAACAGACGAAACAACUGAGCAGGAUCUGAAACCUCCGGGGAGCAAAAAAUCCGAGGUGGGAAGUGUUGUUAUUGAUAAAGGCCAGGCAUCAUCUGCCCCUGAUGAAUGUCGUAGUUACAUCUCCAGCCGUCCUCAGCAGACCCCAGAGCACGAAGAGCAAAUGCAAGGGGCGGUUCUGGGACGCAAAGACUUCUGGCGAAAGAUGUUCAAGUCGCAGAGUGCAGCAAGUGAUACCAGCAGCCAGUCAGAGCAGGACACAUCGGAGUGCACCACUGCUCACUCUGGAACGACCACCGACAGGCGCUCCCGCUCCCGCUCCCGACGGAUCUCGCUCCGAAAGAAACUCAAACUCCCCAUAGGUAAAUGGAACUGGCUGAAACGCUCUUCCCUCUCUGGGCUGGCCGACGGGGUGGAAGACCUCCUGGAUAUCAGCUCUGUAGACCGUCUGUCUUUCAUCAGGCAAAGUUCCAAGGUGAAAUUCACUAGUGCAGUGAAGCUGUCCGAAGGUGGACCAGGAGGUGGCCUGGAGAAUGGGCGAGAUGAAGAGGAGAAUUUCUUCAAGCGUCUUGGUAAAUGGCGCAUCUGCCGAAGAUACCCAUCCAAGCUUCAUCACACAGAAGAAAAAGAUGGUUGCCACAGUUUUGAUGAUCACUUGGCCUCCAACCAGGAAGGUGGGAAAUCCAAGAAUGUAGUGAACCUGGGAGCAAUCAGACAAGGCAUGAAACGCUUUCAGUUUCUCUUAAACUGCUGUGAGCCAGGCACGAUCCCCGAUGCCUCCAUCCUGGCAGCUGCCCUCGAUCUUGAAGCUCCCGUAGUGGCGAGAGCAGCCCUGUUUCUCGAAUGUGCUCGCUUCGUUCACCGCUGCAAUCGCGGCAACUGGCCAGAGUGGAUGAAGGGGCACCAUGUGAACAUCACUAAGAAAGGCCUAUCCCGUGGACGUUCUCCGAUAGUGGGGAACAAACGGAACCAAAAGUUGCAAUGGAACGCAGCCAAACUCUUCUACCAGUGGGGAGAUGCAAUUGGCAUCCGACUCAACGAGCUGUGCCACAGUGAGAGUGAGAGCCCAGCCAACCUGCUGGGCCUCAUUUAUGAUGAGGAGGCCAAGCGGAGACUGAGAAAGGAGGAUGAGGAGGAAGACUUUUUAGAUGACAGUAAGGAGACUCCCUUUACUACAAGAACCCCCGCUUGCACUGUGAACCCUACCAAAUGUUGUUGCCCUUUUGCCCUGAAGAUGGCAGCAUGCCAACUUCUCUUGGAGAUCACCACCUUCCUUCGAGAGACCUUUCCGUACAUGCCCAGGCCACGUACUGAGCCUCUCGUGGACUUGGAGAGCUGCAGGUUGCGUCUGGACCCUGAGCUGGACAGGCACAGGUAUGAGAGGAAGAUCAGCUUUGCUGGGAUUCUGGAUGAAAAUGAAGAUUCAAAAGACUCCCUGCACAGCAGCAGCCACACGCUUAAAUCUGACACUGGCUGCGAAGAGAAGAAAGUUCCCAGCAGGAAGAUCAGGAUAGGAGGCUCCCGCUUGCUCCAGAUUAAAGGAACCCGCAGUUUCCGGGUGAAGAAGGGGGGUUCUCUGUCCAGCAUUCGCCGGGCCGGCAGCCUAAAGAGCACCAAGUUAUCACGGCAGGACUCAGAGUCUGAGAAUGAGGAGCUGCAGCUGUCCCACAGCAGGGACACUGUCACUGACAUAGAAGGGAGCCCUUGGAGUGCAAGUGAGCCCAGCAUUGAGCCUGAAGUGCUGAGUAACACAGGCACAGAGGAGAAUUACCAUCGGAACAUGUCGUGGCUUCAUGUCAUGAUCCUGCUGUGCAACCAGCAGAGUUUCAUAUGUACCCACAUUGAUUACUGCCACCCGCACUGCUACCUCCACCACAGCCGCUCCUGUGCUCGCCUGGUCCGAGCCAUCAAACUGCUGUACGGCGACACCGUGGACUCGCUCCGGGAAAACAAUGUGCUGAACAAUGUGGCAAGAGGCAAAAAGCAGAAGGAGUGCUCGGACAAAUCAUGCCUGAGAACUCCAUCUCUGAAGAAGAGAGUAAUGGAUAUCAACUUGGAAGGAAAGAAGGACUCUGGAAUGUUGAAAUACAUCAGACACCAGGUAAUGAGCCUGUCCCCAGCGCCUUUGUCACUGUUAAUCAAGGCAGCUCCUAUCCUCACAGAGGAGAUGUAUGGGGACAUUCAGCCCGCAGCAUGGGAGCUGCUGCUCAGUGUGGAUGAGCACAUGGCUGGAGCAGCAGCUGCCAUGUUCCUGCUGUGUGCUGUGAAAGUGCCCGAGGCUGUUUCUGAUAUGCUGAUGUCCGAAUUUCAUCACCCUGAGACAGUGCAAAGACUGAACGCUGUUCUCAAAUUCCAUACCCUCUGGAGAUUUCGGUAUCAAGUCUGGCCUCGGAUGGAGGAGGGCGCUCAGCAGAUCUUUAAGAUUCCUCCUCCAAGUAUAAACUUCACCCUGCCCUCUCCAGUACUGGGAAUGCCCUCUGUGCCAAUGUUUGACCCCCCGUGGGUUCCACAGUGCAGUGGGAGUGUGCAGGACCCAAUUAAUGAGGACCAGUCUAAGUCAUUUUCAGCCCGGGCAGUGUCACGUUCCCAUCAGCGAGCAGAGCACAUCCUGAAGAACCUGCAGCAGGAGGAAGAAAAGAAGCGCCUAGGCCGGGAAGCCAGUCUUAUCACGGCCAUUCCCAUCACCCAGGAGGCCUGCUAUGAGCCCACCUGCACCCCAAACUCAGAGCAAGAAGAGGAAGUAGAAGAAGUCACCAACUUGGCAUCCCGCCGUCUCUCUGUGAGUCCCUCCUGCACCUCCAGUACUUCUCACAGGAACUAUUCCUUCCGUCGUGGCUCUGUCUGGUCAGUGCGUUCAGCCAUCAGUGCAGAAGAUGAGGAGCACACUACCGAGCACACUCCAAACCACCAUGUGCCACAGCCCCCGCAGGCAGUGUUCCCAGCAUGCAUCUGUGCAGCUGUGCUCCCCAUUGUUCACUUGAUGGAAGAUGGAGAAGUCCGAGAGGACGGAGUAGCAGUGAGUGCUGUGGCCCAGCAGGUCUUAUGGAACUGUUUGAUUGAAGAUCCCUCGACGGUUCUACGGCAUUUCCUGGAGAAACUCACAAUAAGCAACCGACAGGAUGAGUUGAUGUACAUGCUGAGGAAGCUCCUACUGAACAUCGGAGACUUCCCUGCCCAGACGUCUCACAUCCUGUUUAACUACUUGGUGGGAUUGAUCAUGUACUUUGUGCGUACUCCAUGUGAAUGGGGCAUGGACGCCAUUUCAGCUACCCUGACCUUCCUGUGGGAAGUGGUGGGUUAUGUAGAGGGCCUUUUCUUCAAGGAUCUCAAACAGACUAUGAAGAAGGAGCAGUGUGAAGUAAAACUGCUGGUGACUGCCUCAAUGCCAGGCACAAAGACCCUGGUAGUGCAUGGACAGAACGAGUGUGACAUCCCAACCCAGUUACCAGUGCAUGAGGACACACAGUUUGAAGCUCUUCUGAAGGAGUGCUUGGAGUUUUUUAACAUACCUGAAACCCAGUCUGCUCAUUAUUUUUUAAUGGAUAAACGAUGGAACCUUAUUCAUUACAACAAGACUUACGUCCGGGAUAUUUAUCCUUUCCGGAGGUCAGUGUCUCCACAGCUCAACCUGGUACACAUGCAUCCAGAAAAGGGUCAGGAACUCAUUCAGAAACAGGUGUUCACCCGCAAGCUGGAGGAGGUAGGACGGGUGCUGUUCCUCAUAUCACUGACCCAGAAAAUCCCUGUGGCCCACAAACAAUCCCAUGUGUCUAUGCUCCAAGAGGACCUUCUCCGCCUGCCUUCCUUCCCUCGGAGUGCCAUUGAUGCAGAAUUCUCCCUCUUCAGUGAUCCUCAAGCUGGGAAGGAACUCUUUGGCCUUGAUACCCUUCAGAAAAGCCUGUGGAUUAAACUCCUGGAGGAGAUGUUCCUGGGCAUGCCCAGUGAAUUUCCCUGGGGGGACGAGAUCAUGCUGUUCCUAAAUGUCUUCAAUGGAGCCCUGAUCCUGCACCCAGAGGACAGUGCCUUGCUAAGGCAGUACGCUGCCACUGUCAUCAACACCGCUGUGCAUUUCAACCAUCUCUUCUCUCUCAGUGGGUACCAGUGGAUCCUCCCCACCAUGCUGCAGGUGUAUGCUGACUACGAAAGCAACCCACAGUUACGCCAAGCGAUUGAGUUUGCCUGCCGCCAGUUCUACAUUCUGCAUCGCAAGCCCUUUGUUCUGCAACUGUUUGCCAGCGUGGCUCCUCUGCUGGAGUUCCCUGAUGCUACAAACAAUGGACCCAGCAAAGGAGUGUCAGCUCAGUGCCUGUUUGACCUGCUGCAGUCCCUAGAGGGAGAUACACCUGACAUUUUGGACAUCCUAGAGCUGGUGAAAGCAGAAAAGCCUCUCAAAUCAUUAGAUUUCUGCUAUGGGAAUGAGGAUCUGACCUUUUCUAUCAGUGAAGCCAUCAAGCUGUGUGUAACUGUGGUGGCAUAUGCUCCUGAAUCAUUUAGAAGCCUCCAGAUGCUGAUGGUCCUGGAAGCACUGGUUCCCUGUUACCUGCAGAAACUGAAGAGGCAGACCUCACAAGUGGAGACGGUGCAAGCUGCUCGUGAGGAGAUUGCUGCUACUGCUGCUCUUGCCACUUCCCUGCAGGCCCUCUUGUAUAGCGUGGAAGUUCUCACCAGGCCCAUGACUGCCCCUCAAAUGAGCAGGUGUGACCAAGGCCAUAAAGGAGCCACAACAGCCAACCAUACCAUGUCAGCUGGGGUGAAUACUAGGUACCCGGAUCAAGGAGCCAAACUGCACUUUAUCAGGGAAAACCUUCACUUGCUGGAGGAAGGCCAGGGUCUCCCCCGGGAGGAGCUGGACGAGCGAAUUGCUAGGGAGGAGUUCAGGAGGCCCAGGGAGUCCCUACUGAAUAUCUGCACUGAGUUCUAUAAGCACUGUGGCCCUAGGCUGAAGAUAUUGCAGAACCUGGCUGGAGAGCCCAGGGUGACUUCCCUGGAGCUGCUGGAUGUUAAGUCUCACAUGAGGUUGGCAGAAAUUGCACAUUCCCUUCUGAAGCUGGCACCUUAUGACACCCAGACGAUGGAAAGCCGCGGGCUCCGGCGCUACAUCAUGGAGAUGCUGCCCAUCACCGACUGGACAGCCGAGGCCGUGAGACCUGCCCUUAUCCUCAUCUUAAAGCGAUUGGAUCGUAUGUUCAAUAAAAUUCACAAGAUGCCUACUUUGAGGCGACAGGUUGAGUGGGAGCCUGCCAGCAAUUUGAUUGAAGGGGUUUGUUUGACACUUCAGAGGCAGCCAAUCAUAUCCUUCCUGCCUCACCUUAGGUCACUGAUCAAUGUCUGUGUCAAUCUGGUGAUGGGAGUAGUAGGACCCUCCAGUGUUGCUGAUGGAUUACCCCUUCUUCAUCUCAGCCCUUAUCUCUCACCACCUCUGCCCUUCAGCACAGCUGUUGUCCGGCUUGUAGCAUUGCAGAUACAGGCUUUGAAAGAAGAUUUUCCCUUAAGCCAUGUGAUCUCCCCAUUCACCAAUCAGGAGAGAAGAGAAGGAAUGCUUUUAAACCUACUGAUUCCGUUUGUGCUCACAGUAGGAUCUGGAAGCAAAGACAGUCCCUGGCUGGAGCAGCCUGAAGUCCUUUUGUUGCUCCAGACUGUUAUUAACAUCCUUCUGCCACCUCGGAUCAUCAGCACUUCCCGCAGCAAGAACUUCAUGAUGGAGAGCUCCCCGGCGCACUGCUCCACCCCAGGGGAUGCUGGGAAGGACCUGCGCAGGGAAGGGCUCGCAGAGUCCACCAGCCAAGCGGCUUACUUGGCCCUGAAGGUGAUCCUCGUGUGCUUUGAACGUCAGCUUGGCAGCCAGUGGUACUGGCUGAGCCUGCAAGUCAAAGAGAUGGCCCUGCGCAAGGUGGGAGGGCUGGCCCUCUGGGACUUCCUGGAUUUUAUUGUUCGCACCCGGAUCCCUAUCUUUGUGCUUCUGCGGCCCUUCAUUCAGUGCAAGCUGCUGGCCCAACCCGCAGAGAAUCACGAGGAGAUGACUGCCCGACAACAUAUCGCUGACCAGCUAGAGAGGCGCUUCAUACCACGCCCUCUGUGCAAGAGCUCCCUCAUCACAGAAUUCAACAGCGAGCUCAAGAUCCUGAAGGAGGCAGUGCAUAGUGGGUCAGCCUACCAAGGGAAGACCUCCAUCAGCACCGUGGGCACUUCCACCUCUGCGUACCGCCUCAGCCUCGCUACCAUGUCCCGCUCCAACACAGGCACCGGCACCGUCUGGGAGCAGGACAGCGAGCCUUCCCAUCAGGCUUCGCAGGACACUCUGAGCCGCACGGAUGAGGAGGAUGAAGAAAAUGACUCAGUGAGCAUACCCAGUGUGGUAAGUGAACAGGAAGCCUACCUUAUGGGUGCCAUUGGGAGGCGUCGGUUCUCCAGCCAUAUCUCCAGCAUGUCUGCACCUCAGGCUGAGGUGGGCAUGUUACCCAGCCAAAGUGAACCUAAUGUCCUCGAUGACUCCCAGGGCCUGGCCGCUGAGGGCAGCCUCUCUAGGGUAGCAAGCGUGCAGAGUGAACCUGGACAACAGAAUCUUCUUCUUCAGCAACCACUAGGAAGGAAGAGAGGCCUCCGGCAGCUACGAAGACCUCUUCUCUCACGUCAGAAGACCCAAACUGAACCUCGUAGCCGUCACGGGGCUCGACUUUCAACUACUCGUCGAAGUAUACAGCCAAAAACAAAACCAAGUGUGGAUCAAAAGCGAUCAGUGACUUUCACUGAAACUCAGCCAGAGGCAACAACAUCUUCAGCAACAGAUGCUACACCGGUCCCAGCCCUGCAACCUAGCUGCAGCAGAAGCAGCCCUGCAGAAGUCAGAAAGCCGGAAGCUGUGAAUAAACCUGUGCUGACCUCCUCUCCUGCCAUUGUUGUCGCUGAUCUCCAUAGCCAAACCACCAGCCAGAGUGAGGCACUUCCCACUGAGAAGGAAAAAGAACCAGAGGAGGAUUUGGAGCCCCGGCCAGCACAAGCACAUAGUACCCCACCCACACAGCUCUCUGAUACAGAGGACUUUGCAGGCCUUGAGACAACCAGCUUACUGCAACAUGGAGACACUGUCCUUCACAUCAGCGAGGACAAUGGGAUGGAGAAUCCCCUCCUUACCAGCCACUUCAGCUUCACGCAUGUUGAGCUUGGUGAGACUGAUGUUGACUUAGAUGAGUCCCAUGUUUAAAUGUCGGGGAACUGCAUUAGCAUGGGAGGAGAGAGAAUGUAGAGUCUUGGUAGAGAAACUGUAUCUUCUCUAUAGAGUUUCUUGAUAACUAUUGAUGAACUAAUCAGAAAGAGCACUUUAUAGCCAACAAGGGAAAAUAUCUAACAACCUAUUUGCUACAGAUUGGCAAAUAUGUUUUAGAAAACAAGCUAAGCCUUUUUGGCAAAUCUAAUUUGGUUCAGGGCAGACAGCAAAGACCAGAGGAGAAUUCUAAACAAUUCUGCAGCCACAUAUCUGUUUCCCAAAAUCUUGAUCUGCCAGAAAUCUACUGCAGUCUGCAGCUGCUCCAGUAAAAUACAUUAGUUUAAUAUAGUAGACUGAAAAAACCCAACCUUUUUGAGGUUAGCCACUUUAACACUGCCCCCCAAAGUUUAUUUUUGUAAUUUCAGAAGGGUUAUAUAGUAUCUGAAUCAAAGACUUGCUUGACUGAAUAUUGGCAGUCAAAAUGCUGACAAUGAAUAUUGAACUAAAGAUUGUUUUAAAUAAACAGGCCCAUGACUGUGUUUUCUAAUCCCCAUAGCAAUGGCACAUACCAUUGAAUGAUUAGAAAGAUAUUUUUUGGCACUGCAGACUUUAGCAGUGUUUACUUUUGUCUGUUGGUUUCAUUGCACUCUGUAAAAUAAUACCCUAGUGCUAGAAAAAUAGUCAUUCUGUGUAAAACUGAAUACACUACAUACUACAGGAAAGAAUGCACAUGCUGUGCUCAAAGAUAGAUGGGCGGGAGGGAGUGGUCUGUAGAUGACAUAAAUGGUACUAUCUAUUCUGCUUAAAUAUAUUAAGCAAUUUAUGUAAAAAACACAGCUAGAAUGUGUGGACUUUCUAAUACAGGGCAACAACUUAAUUGACGCAAAUAUCUACUCUGUAUGCACUUGGAAAUGUAUAUUUUAAGAAACGUAUAUAAUCCAUAUUUUCACAUUCCUGUAAACUAGGAAUGGAUAUUGCAGAGAAUAGACCUGAUGAAAGAAUAUAUUUUCUGCACACUGAGAUUGUAUUUAAAAAGGCGCCAUUCUAUGUGGGUAUAUGAAUAUGCACUAAUUAUGACUCUGCAUGUGUAGAUAUAAAUGCAUAAUACUUAUAUGUAUAUCAUGUCUCUUUUGGGAAUUGACUGAAGUCGUGGGUGAGUUACGAUCUGUGCUUCAAGAUCAUAGGAUUAAAUUGAAACAAGACUUUAGUCAUUGACAUAUGGGAAAGCCGCAGAAUAGCUGUGAGGCAUACUGUGAAGUUGCAAGCAAUGACCAUAUUUACGUGUGUGUGUGUGUGUUCACAUAAUACAUUUUCAACUAACCUUGGUAGAAUGAGAUAUUUGACCGGGGGUCGGCAACCUUUCAGAAGUGGUGUGCCGAGUCUUCAUUUAUUCACUCUAAUUUAAGGUUUCGCGUGCCAGUCAUACAUUUUAACGUUUUU